CUUUCCGGUCGUCGCUCACUUUUGUCUAUCGGCACUUUAGUACUAAGUCCGCCGUCCUCCGCCCAUCGAUUCCAAAUCAUCGGGAAAUGCAGCCCCUAUUACUCGUCUCGGAGGAAUCUCAGUUUCUUCUUCGGAUACUGAACGGGAGUUUUCAAACCCUAGACAUCAUUAAGGACCGCAUUUUUCACCAUUUUGCCAAUUUAUUCUGCUCGAAAGCGAAUUUGGAUGUUAUUGACAUGAGACAAGAUAAUGUAAUGCAUAGUGUGAACCGGGACGAGCUGGGAUCCAAAGAUUGGUCAUCAAAGGGGAACAAUUCGAAUCCAGAAGGUGAUUCGACAGCGGGUUUCAGUGUGUUGGAUACAAUGUUAAAGCGCAGUUUGGAUCGUCUGAAGAGUAUGAGGGAAAGAAUAUCGUCGGCUGAAGCAGGCAUUGAUUACUGCACCUGGGAAAUAAAUUUCAAUAAAGAUGCAUAUGUUGUUAGAGCCAUGUGUCUGGAUGGUCAACUGGGAGCAGCUUUAUCGCUUUGGUGGAACAUGAUACAGAAUAGUAUUGUUCCUGAUGUUAUCACACACAAUUACCUCAUCAAUGCACUCUGCAAAAACGGUGAGUUAGAGAAGGCAGAAUGGAUUGUUAGAGGUAUGCUAUAUAGGGGUCCUUCUCCCACAUGUGCUGCAUUCAACUCUUUAAUAAGAGGUUAUUGCGUGGUGAAUGAUGUCGAUAAUGCUCUAAACACCUUUUCUACCAUGGCCAACCAUGGAAUUGUACCAAACAGAGUAACUUGUAACAUCCUUGUUCAUGCGCUUUGUAAGAAGGGGCUGUUGGAGGAGGCAAAAAAUCUUUUCCACAAAUUAUUAAGCAAAAGUCAUAAUGGGGGGAGCUCAAAUUUGAUUACAUCAACCAUUAUGAUGGAUGGCUGCUUUAAAAAUGGAGAUACUGAUCAAGCUCUUGCUUUUUGGGAGAGGAUGUUAUUAGAGCGUAUCCAAGUUGAUAAAGUUUCUUACAAUGUUGUUGUCCAUGGAUUCUGUUUGAGCCAUGACCUGGGCACUGCAUAUAAGUAUUGUUGUGAAAUGUUAAAACUUGGUUUUGUUCCAGAUGUUUAUUCUUACAACACUCUCAUUGGAGCACUCUGUAGACAAGGAAAGAUCAGUGAUGCUUGUUAUAUCUACGAUGUUAUGACUGGAAUGGGUGUCGUACCAGAUCAAAUCACGUACAGAAUGAUAAUACAGGGGCUAUGUAUUAACAGGGAGAUAGAUAGAGCCAAUUGUUUUCUUGAUUACAUGUUAGAGAAUUCCAUUAUACCUGAACCACUUGUUUGGAAUGUUAUAAUUAAUGGUUAUGGAAGAUGUGGAGAUAUACAAAAAGCUUCAUAUAUUAGAGAAAAAAUGGUUGCAUGUGGUGUUCUACCAAACAUAUAUACAUAUAAUGCAUUAAUUUAUGCUCAGAUAAAGUCAGGAAAUCUUUCUGCAGCUCAGUCCUUGGAGAAGGAGUUGCUUUUAUAUGGUCUUACCCCUGAUUCAGUCACUUACAAUUUGUUGAUUGGUGCUGCUUGUAAUCUUGGCCUGAUUCACUCAGCACUUCAACUACAUGAUAAAAUGUUGAGAAAAGGUUGUCAGCCAGAUGUAAUUACUUACACGGAACUACUUAAGGUGUUUUGUGUACAAGGUAUGAUGAGAGAGGCAGACAAGCUCUUUGGCAAGUUAAUGGCAUCUGGUUUAGCAGUUGACCAUGUUCCCUUUCUGGUACUCAUGAAAAGAUACUGCAGAAUGGGAGAAUUUAAUAAAGUCUUUGACCUUCACCAAAAGUGGUUAGUGACAAUGCCCAGAUGAGAUGUUUCCCCAAGAAUUAUUAUGAUGUUAAGGGCGACUCUAAAUAUAUUUAUUCCAGAAGAGAAAGCUACUCUGGUUUCUGCACCUAGUUGGCUUACAGAUUUA